AUGGAGAGAGAGAGGAUUCGCCCUGUAGCUUCGUUUGACCCUAACCCUAAUUGGAUGCGGCCCACCUUCCCGAGGAAGUGCCCUUACUGCGGCCUGCAAUUCAUGAGCUUCUUCAAGCUCGGCGGCCACAUGACCGCCCACCGGAGGGAGAUGGUCGCCGGCAACCAGCGGGCCCCGCCGCCCCCGCCCCGCCGCCGCCGCCGCCCGCCGGAGCUCGAAGAUCGUGGCGGUAGAAAAGUUGCCAGCAAAAGGAAAGAGGAAGAGGAGAUGGUGGUGGUACCACUGGGGGUCCUCCAUGGGAGGAUCGAAGUCGGGCCCCACCUUCCCAAGACGCUGGAUCUCCUGGGGAUCGGGAAGAAGCUUCUCCGCGAUAAUGAAGACGACGGCGGCAGCGGCGGCGGCGCCCCCUCGAAGGUUCUCGCCGCCGUGGAGGAAGAAGAAGACGGCAAUCAGAGGAAGAGGAUCAACAUUUAG